AUGAAGAGUAAGUUGUAUAAAAGUUCCUCUCCCUGCAUUUCCCUUCUACUCCUUCCUUCUCUUCUGCUGUUUUCAGUACCAGAUUUUGUCAGUUGCGACUGCUGGCUCAUUGAGGGGGAUAAGGGCUACGUGUGGCUGGCCAUCUGCAGUCAAAAUCAGCCGCCGUAUGAGGCAAUCCCACAGCACAUCAACAACACGGUGCAUGAUUUACGCCUGAACGAGAACAAGCUCAAGGCUGUUUUCUUCACCUCCCUGAGCCGCUUCACUAACCUGACAGACCUUAACCUCACCAAGAAUGAGAUUUCCUACAUCGAGGACGGUGCCUUCGCUGGCCAGGCUAACCUGCAGGUACUGCAGCUGGGUUACAAUAAACUCACCAACCUGACAGAGGGUAUGUUGCGAGGCUUAGGGCGUAUGCAGUGCCUCUUUCUGCAGCAUAACCUUAUUGAGGUCAUUGCUACCAAUGCAUUCUGGGAGUGCCCUAGCCUCAGCAGUCUGGAUCUGUCUUCCAACAAGUUAGCCCGACUAGACCCAUCAACAUUCGCCGUGUUGGGAAGACUAAUGGUGUGUGAGCUGGCAGGAAAUCCUUUUCACUGUGGAUGUGAGCUGUACAGCUUCCUCAUCUGGCUGGAAGCCUUCAACAACGUCACGCACACCUACGAUCGGCUACAGUGUGAGACACCACGGGAGCUUUUCAGCUACCCUUUGCUGAGUCCUGUUGGAGGAACUGGUCGUAGCGCUCGCAACAUCCUUUCCUCCAUGUGCCGAGAUGGGGUAUUUAUUCCAGGGAUGACGUCAUUGCCGCCAGACAUUGAUGGGUCAGGCAUUGGACCUGAAAUGUUUGACCGCAUUGGGCCGUACCAUCAGCCCACAACCUCAUCCUCCUCUGAGAGCUCAUUUAGUCCCAGCAUCAAUGUUCAACAUCUGUCUCUUUCUUCGGCAUCCUUGCUAGUGCAGAUACCCCGACCAUACAGCAAGAUGUAUAUCCUGGUACAAUACAAUCAAAGCUACGUUUCGGAUGUGAUGACCCUGAAUAACAAGAAGGAGUUGAUUACACUAAACAAGCUUAUAGGGAAUACCAACUACACCUUUUGUGUGGCUUCAAUACGCAACUCCCAGCGUUUGAAUCACACGUGUGUUUCCUUUUCCACUCGGACUUCCACCCAGGAUGACGUGCCCACCCCCUCUACUACUACGCAUUAUAUUAUGACGAUUGUGGGCUGCUUGUUUGGGAUGCUGAUUGUUCUUGGCCUGGUGUAUUACUGUUUGAGGAGGCGAAGAAGGCAGGAAGAGAAAGAAAAAUCUGUCAAGAAGACCAUCCUGGAGAUGCGCUAUGGACCAGAGGUCGCUGCUGCAGUUGCUAAUGAUCCAACAGCAGUGCAGAAGCUUCAUGAGCAGACCCAUCACCAGCAUCAUCAUGGCAAGCUGCCCAUGUCCUCCUCCUCCAGCUCAGGCAUGCUGGGUCAUGGCUCUGUCAAUACCAGUUCCUCACGUCUGUCCAGCAUCCCUCAGGUAGAGAAAAUGGCAACUGCCUUUUCUGAGGCACUGGCAACAAAGGGCAACUACAUGGAUGUUAGAACUUCUGGAGAUGGGUUGAGGCAGGCUAUUCGAGCCGAGGAUCUAAGAGAGGAAGAUGGAAGUGACCUAGAAGAUGACUCGGAAGAUGAUGGCAGAGGAUCAGCAUCAGAGAUUUCUACUAUUGCGAUGGAAGUUGACAAGGUCAACCAGAUCAUCAAUAACUGCAUUGAUGCCCUUAAGCUUGACUCUGUAGCAGCUGCAGUGUCGUCUGCUGCCACAUCCUGUGGAAAUCCCACAUCACCUCCGACGACCAGUAGCUCCUCUUCAACCAGGGGUCUUAUUCCAUCCAGUCUCGCAGAGGCCUGUCAAGGUCUACCUUCCCCCAAAAUGCCCCCUCCACCUCCUCUUUCUCUUGCAGGCUCCGAAAGACCAGGGAUUACCGGUGGAGGAUUUGUAUCACCCCCGUACCGGCCUCCACCACCAGCCACAGCGGUAAGACCGAUUCAAAGACAAAUGAGUGCAGACGCAGCUAUGAUUGUCAGCUCUUCCAAGAAGCACUGUGGCCCUGCCAGUGGCAAAGCCCGGGUUUAUAGCCUGGACGUCCCAGAGCCUCGCAGUCCUGAUCCCUGUCAAUACCCUGACAAGGGGAGCCCAUUGAGGUGUGGAGAGCCUCUGGAGAGGCUACCUUUAGUUGGUAGCAGUGGUGGAGGAGGCUGUAACAUGGAUGGAAUCACCAUGGAUGGCGUGAAUAUUCAGCAGCAUCUGGAGGUCCAUCCAGAUUUCCACUGUGCAGAGCAUCGUCACUCGGUCCCAGCCCUCUACUAUGAGGGAUCUCAUGACUCGCCCGCACAAAGGGCGUCUUUUCUCAAGCCAUUGUCACGCACCAAGAGAGACGCUGCUUCGUACUCACAGCUCUCGCCCCACCAACACAAUUACUCGGGGUACUCGUCCAGCCCAGAGUACUCAUCCGAGACCACGCUGCGUAUCUGGGAGCGCUUUCGUCCCUACAAGAAGGGCCCACGUGAGGAGUCCUGUUACAUCACGGCUGGAAAUGCUCUGAGAAAGAAGGUCCAGUUUGCAAAAGGCGAGGACUUACACGACAUCCUUGACUACUGGAAGGGUGUGUCAGCCCAGCAAAAGCUGUAAGCUAUUCUAAUGCAGCGGGUAUCUAAAGCAUAGGCUUUCUACACAGCCUGAUUAACCUAAUUAUCCAGUGUGGAAAGGCAGCCAGAGGGAAGGCGAGUGUGUACAAUGCAAAGUUACGUUUUCAGGGUCUGAGAACAAGUUGUUGUUGAUCUGCCCGUGUACAGGAUGAGUCAUCAGAGAGCCAGAGGGGAGGUGAGAGAGAAAAGCAAAGAGAAUGAGAGAGAGCAAGGGUGAGAGGGAAUAACAAUACAGCCCAAAUUUAUGGUAGCGUCCUUUCAUUUUGUGUUUGCUAACGUUCCUCCAU